AUGAGUAGUCUAGUACAGUAUUUUCUAUUAGGCGACAAAGACCCAGUCGAUCAAUGUGUGUGGAAGGACUAUUUCGAUGAUAAUUCGAGGACUUUUCUACAUCAUGGAUUAGUAUUUUCAGGUUUCGUUUCAUUUAUACUGAAUUGUUGGCUGAACAUGGCACUUAUUUCGUCGAGGUUAUGGUAUGAUUUGAGUUAUCGCAACCUAACUAUCUUUACGGUGGUUGCAGGAGUGAGAAAUCUGGUUGCGGUUUUGGCCUAUCUGCCUAAAUUCAAGUACUUGGAUAUCUGGUUCGAAUUACCUAUAUUUUCCUGCAUAGUUUUCGCUUUUUAUGAGACUUUCUUUGCUAUACUAGAAGUUGAGACUUUGAAUCAUGUUUGCAUUGAGAGAUUUGUUGUGGCUCGGUAUGCUGCUAAUGAUUGGCCGAUACAGAAAAAGCACUACGUGUUAUAUUUAUUUAGUUCACUGUUUUUCACUACCCUGUAUACAUAUGCUCCAGUUUUCGGCUAUGGGGGCUAUUGGUACGAAUUAUCAUGCAGUUCCUGUACUUUCGAUAUGAUACUACCUGACACGUAUGAGAAAUAUGUCAUCCUCAUUGUAUUUCUACUUAGAAGUGUGAAACCUGCAAUAAUGAUGAUUACGAUGUUAUUUUGGGCCAAUCUGCUGCAGACCAAAUGUAUGACUGUUGACGAAAAGCAAAUCAAGUUCACAAAGAAUGUCGUUGUUAUAACCGCUGUUAAUUUACUCUGCUGGAUGCCAAUUGCUAUUAUCAAAGGACGGAUCUUGCUACAGCAGCUAUUAGUUAACAAUAUAUUGUCUAAUUUGUCUCUAAACGCGACUUAUGUGAAUUGCGCUUUGUGGCUGAAUGGGCUGGCACCAGCAUUAACUGUUAUUGCUCUACUGAUAGUGGACUCUCGACUACAAAAUGUUAUGUGCAAUUUGCACGUUUCCAAACUUAUCCAGAAUACUCAAGAGAUCGAGCAUAGAAAAAGUCAAUAAGUCUUUUUUAUAACUAGUAACUCACCAAUUAGCUUCAGAAUAGUUUAGUUUAAAAUAAAUAAGCUGUGCAUUUGUGUCUUUUAUCAAUUAAUGUUUUAUUAAUAG